AUGACGUCCAUUAUGAUCGCCCAGGCGAUCGGGACGCUGGGGCGGCAUCAUGACCCUCUCCAUAAUGAACAUCCCCAACCUGGUUCUCCCUGCACGCCGCCCGCUAGGCGCAACGAUUCCCACGAACGAUGCCCCCGGUACACCAACCCCCACAUAACGCACCAGUGGCUCGAUGUCUACGAGCGCGGGAAGAGAAUUUUUCCCCCAAUCGCAAUUGUAUCUUCUCUCGCCAACGGGUAUCUUGCCUGGGUCCUACGCGAUACCCCGGCUCCGACGGCGACCGGGCAAUCCUGGACGAGCUUCUACGUCACCGCGAUCGUGGUCACGCUGGGUUUGGUGCCCUGGACGCUGACGGCGAUGAAGGAUACGAAUGACCGGCUACGAGCGCAUGCAACGCGCGACGAUAAGGCGAUGGCGGAGGGGACGGAAGGGAUGGUGUUGAGUGCGGCGGAAAAGUUCCGUCGCGCGAAGCAGGAUGACGAGGUCCCUGGGUUAUUGUGGAAAUGGGCAGAGUUGAACUUUUGCCGGGCUUUGUUUCCGUUGACCGGGGCUGCUAUUGGAGUUUGUGGGGUUGUGUGGAUAAGGUAG